UACCUUCUACAAUCACGUGUAGUUCAGCUUGCGUUGAAAGAUCAUCACCAAAUGGCAGACCGUGGAUCAGCCGGUGGUGGACGAGGAGGGCGCGGAGGGUUUGGCAGGGGAGGCGGCCGCGGGGGUCGUAGAGGUCGCGGGAGGGGCAGGGGAAGAGGGAAACCGGAGGAGAAAGAGUGGAUUCCUGUGACAAAGUUGGGUCGACUGGUAAAGGACAACAAGAUCAAGAAGCUGGAAGACAUCUACCUCUUCUCGCUGCCCAUCAAAGAGGCAGAGAUCAUCGACCACUUCAUUGGUCCGGCACUGAAGGACGAGGUGCUCAAGAUCAUGCCUGUCCAGAAACAGACGCGAGCCGGGCAGAGGACGCGUUUCAAGGCGUUUGUGGCCAUGGGCGACUACAGUGGGCACGUGGGGCUGGGGGUGAAGUGUUCCAAGGAGGUUGCGACAGCCAUCCGUGGAGCUAUCACUCUCGCCAAGCUCUCCAUAAUCCCUGUUCGCCAGGGAUACUGGGGGAACAAGAUUGGAGACACACACACUGUACCCUGCAAGGCUAGUAUAUUCACAGCUACUACUUUGUAAAGAGAGUUCUCUCAUUUUCCUUUCGUAUGUUUGUGUGUGUGUGUUUGCAGGUGACAGGGAAGUGUGGUAGUGUGUUGGUGCGUCUCAUCCCUGCUCCGCGUGGAACGGGGAUCGUUGCUGCAUCAGUCCCCAAGAAGCUCCUGCAGAUGGCUGGAGUCCAGGACUGCUACACCAGUGCCCGCGGACAGACUGCCACUCUCGGAAACUUCGCUAAAGCCACUUUUGCUGCCAUCACCAACACCUAUACCUACCUGACCCCUGACCUCUGGACGGACAUGAAGCUGACUAGGCCGCCGUAUCAGGAGCACACGGAUUUCCUGGCCAUGACUCAGAAACAGCAGAUACAACCCAGGCCCGCCGAGUAA